CCCAAACUGGAAACCUCUUCACAUGACCUGCUUUCAAAAGGACCUGUUAGCCCACAGUCAUUAGAUAGUCACGUUCCUUUCAGCACUUGACUUAUCAAUGCCAUGUCUUCCAAUCCCACAUCAUUGCAGAGCAGCCAUUCCAACCCAACAUCAUCUUACACUGAAAAGAAUGAUAAACCAGCCGAUGCACAAGAGAACCUAGUCGGUGAUUACAUUAUUGGCGCCAAGAUUGGCCAAGGAUCCUUUGCUACGGUUUACAAGGCGCAGCAUAAGACUACAAAGCAAACCGUAGCCGUCAAGUCUGUACUGCGCUCCAAACUCACACGAAAAUUACUGGAGAACCUUGAAUCAGAAAUAUCUAUUCUAAGAGCUAUAAGACAUCCUCAUAUAGUGGGGUUGAUUGAGUGCCAGAAAACGAAUACACACAUCUACCUUGUUAUGGAAUAUUGCUCGAUGGGUGAUUUAUCUCAAUACAUUAAACGGACGAGGACGUCAAAAUCAUCAAGAGGACCAGGAGGCGGAAUGCCUGAAAGAGUCGUACGCCAUUUUCUGAAGCAGCUUGCUUCUGCACUGGAGUUUUUACGUUCCAAAAAUCUUGUUCAUCGAGAUAUCAAACCACAGAAUCUGUUGCUGAUCCCACCAGAAGAAUCUGGUCACCAUGAUGUGGCAAAUGCAGAUAUUCCCGUUCUAAAAGUAGCCGAUUUCGGAUUCGCCCGGUUUUUGCCCAACGCAAGUUUAGCAGAUACUUUAUGCGGAUCGCCGCUGUAUAUGGGUCCUGAAAUCUUGUCGUACAAAAAGUAUGAUGCAAAAGCGGAUUUGUGGAGUGUCGGCGCUGUUUUAUUCGAAAUGAUCACCGGUCGUCCGCCCUUCCGGGCUCAGAAUCAUCUAGAACUACUAAAAAAGAUUCAGGAAAACAACGAUAACAUCCGAUUUCCAGAUGAAAAGCUGUCAUCUAUAUCCAAUUCACCCAAUAACCGAUCGCUUGUUAUCAUCGGCGAUGACAUGAAAGAUCUGAUUCGAAAACUAUUGAAAAAGAAUCCGGUCGAACGUAUGACGUUUGAAGAAUUUUUCAAUCAUCCUGCCGUGACACAAGAUAUCGCUCCGAUCAAUACCUUGUCGCUGACACCUAGUCUCUCUUCUCCAGCACGUCAGCGAUCAUUAUCCCAUUAUCGAGAUUCCCUCUCGCCCUCUUCCGGUCAACGUCCACGACAUGACUCGGCUGCCGCUUACGAAGCACCACCAUUUGCCAAAUCAUCCUCUCCGCCGCGUCAACCCCGUCCCUUAUCCAGCCCUGUCCGAAGCCCUCAAAAACAAGAUCACGAGAAAUCUCCCACCAAGACGCAUCUAACAAGCGAUGAAAACUUGUCGCCACUUUAUGCUCGCGGACGUCCGAUACGACAUAAAUCACGACCACGCGCCGAUUCUCAUGAAAACGGAACCAUGAUCAAACGACCGAUACGAGAUGGCGAUGCCGAAGAAGAAGUUCUGCGGGAAUACGUCGUCUUGGAUCGCCGUAUUAUUGAGACCAAUCAAUUUGCUGAUGAAAUCGAUGCGUCUCCUCGGGCAGACACAGAUGGCGCACUCGCCAAUUAUCGACCGUCUCUAGGUCAGAUUGCUAUCCCAACCAAAGGGCUCCACGAGCAGACGACUCAAGUGUCUCCAUCCUCACUAGGCUCGACACCGCCUUUCGCACAUAAUCGCGAACGCAAAAUCAGUGUCGGCUCAGCAGGCUCGGCUCUCGCCAAAGCGUUGUCGAUGGCAUCGGUACGAUUGUUUGGUACAAGCAAUUCACCUCCUACCCUGAAUAAACUUCAACGCCAUUUCAGCGGAUCACCUCGUAAUUUAAUUUCACCGGAUGGCAUGGAUCCUGAAGAGGAGCGCAUGAUGAAACAAAUUGAAAAAGCCGCCUGCAUGGCUCACGCUGUCGCCAAAUUUGCCGAUCUAAAAUUCGAACAGCUGGUUUCUGGCCGGUCCAUGAAUGAAGCUGUUAUCGCUGAAGAAGCCAUGGUGUUGCAUAUCAAGGCACUUUCUCUUUUACAGCUUGGUAUGGAUACAGCACGACAAUACUGGAGCCGACUAUCCGAGGAACAAGUGAAACCAAUAUCUAUUCGCCUGAACGACGUGGUGCAAUGGAUCCGCGAUCGAUUCAACGAGUGCCUAGAUCGGGCAACCUUUGCAGGAAAGAAAUGUGAACAAGACGACCAAUACGGAACAGGUGCGUGCGUGGAGAAGUUGCUUUAUGAUCGAGCUCUGGAAACGAGUCGAGCCGCGGCUGUACAUGAGCUCGUAGGAGAAAAUAUUUCAGAAUGCGAACAAGAUUAUCAAAUGGCAAUAUGGAUGUUGGAAGCGAUACUUGCUGUGCAACCUGAUGAAGGCACGACUAUUGAAGACGAUGAUAAGCACAUUAUCAACAAAUUCAUUGCUUCUAUCCAGCAUCGCGUCGUCGUGUUGAAAAGAAAGCAGAAUAUGGAUGGUCGAUUUGAAGCCACCAACGGAACAUCUGAUCUCAAGUAAUUAAAGCCAAUUCUUUCUGCUGCAAAUAAAUCCUCACAAGUGUAUCUAUUGCCGAGCGAAUGUUCAUUGAAUCGCUGAAAAAUAUUAUGUAAUAGUCGAGGAAUUCAGACCUUUUUUCUUUGCGA